AUGUAUGUGACCGAGCUUGUUGCUCCCAAUGCGACCCUCAUCCCGAGGUGCUGGGAACUUUGGCGAGAAACAACGAAUUUUGAGAGUCUAACAAAGUAUACGUUAUGUUGUAGAGAGAUUCUGAGGAAUUAUACCACCACAAAUAUAUUUAUCUACGGAAAAGGAAAAGGAUGGGCAAGAGAUGCCUGGCUGACCAACAGCCACUGGAGCCCACGGCGGGACUUCAUGUUCCAUGCUAUGAAGGAGCAGUACAGGAAGGAGUUUUCAAUCGAAGACAUAGGCACUUUUCAAUGUCCACCUUAUUUUCCAUGGAUCAGCCCAUUUCGAACGCCAAUGAAUCCAGAGCUGUGUAGGAAAGGCAUGUUUAUCUGGGACCAUGAACCUGGUCUAAUCGCAUCGGCGAGGUCGUUAGAAAAACACAUGGCCAUCAGACGACGUGAAGUUGACGAAGAAUACCGACGGAAGUUGAUUUACAUAGAGCUCAAUAACACAGUCUGGUCUAAUCGCACUGUCUGA